AUUAGCACUUGCAUAGCCAGUUUUAUUAGUUCAGUGAAGCUUAUUAAAAGUGCGGAUCGAAAAUAUUUAUUAGUUAAUUAGUUACAUCAAAAUAAAUUAUUUUUGCAAAAUUACAAGCUAAAUUAUUCAAUAAUAUUUUGCAUAUAAAACAAAAGAUGAAUUUACUGAAAUUGUGUUCCUUCAUUAUACCAUUAUUGGCAUUUUGCAUAAUUUCGGGCAAAUCUCGAAAAGCAGAUGACUUAAUAGAGAAUCAUUUCGAUCGUUUCCAGCAAGGUCAAGCAGCAGUGCCUGCUAGAUGGCCAGAACAAAACCAACCAAAAUCGAAUGCCGUCAACUCACUACAUGUUUCAACAGAUCGUUUUGCUCGGCCGGAACCAGUCGAUGAGCGAAUUGCCAACGUAAUCGCAAAGAAUAUUUUAAAUUUUUCUCAGCUCAUCGGCGCUCAAUUGAAUUCUUUAGAACGGAGUGAAAUUUUUUCACCACUUAGUAUUAUGUCUGCUUUAUCACUGCUUACGUUAGGCGCCAAGGGUAGAAGUUAUCAUGAAUUAAAACAAUUGAUUGGCCUUGAUAAUGACAGUGUAUUGAUGAGUAAUCCGCAAAAGUUUUAUAGAGAGUUUGCUUUAAUGCUAGCAGAAAUUCAACAUAGGUACGAAAACGAAGCUGAAGAGAGCACGCGCAAGCAGCCGAAUUGGCGCACAACAAAUAUUAAUGCUUCCCCCAUGCGUCCAACAACGAACGGACGUAAUAAGCCUGAGCAUAUUGUCAGAAUUGCAAAUGGACUUUUCAUACAAAAUAAUUAUGCCUUGAAUCCGCAUUACAAGCAAGUUGCUACAUCACUUUAUGAUUCCGAUCUAACACAAUUAGACUAUCAACACCAUCCGACAGUAUCGCGCGAUUACAUUAACGCUUGGGUGAACACGAAUACGCACGGGAAAAUAACUAAAAUUAUUAACGGAAAUAUUCCUGCAAAUACAAAUAUGUUGCUUGCUAGUGUUUUAUACUUUAAAGGUUUUUGGGAAACUUCAUUCUUUCCAAGAGCUACCACUGAAGAGAAUUUCUAUCCGGAUGGACUUGAUAAGCCACCAAUAAGGGUGCAAAUGAUGGCUACAGGUGGUAGGUUUCCCUUUUACGAUGCUAAGGAAUACGACUGCCAUAUCAUAGGCUUACCUUACAGCGGCAAUGAGACAACUAUGUACGUUAUACAGCCCAAUAAUUCGACACGUCAAAAGUUAAGAGAAAUGCAAUACUUUUUGGAUGCUGAAAAAAUCGAUAAUAUGAUAGAUAAAAUGGUACGCAAGACGACGGUAAUGGUGUUUCCGAAAAUGCAUUUCACGCAGGAUUUCAACAUGAAGAGCCUUUUGCAACGUCUGGGUGUCAAGGAUAUAUUCAAUAGCGCUACUAGUGAUCUGUCAUUAAUAGGCGAUAUAGCUCAAUACAGUCAUAAUGCACCGUCGACAAAUAAUUUGCAUACAAUACAAUCGCGAAGACCAACAGUUGGCAUUUCUUUAGAACAAGAACAUCUGGACCGUUAUAACGAGCCCGCUUUAGUGUUUAGCAACAGAAAUGGUGAAUUCGAUGAAGCUUUUACAAAUUCAGAAACUAAUACAAAAGAAACUACAAUAUUAAGCAGAAUACAGAGACAAGCUAACUAUUUAAAUCCAGAUUUCAACGCUGACGCUUUGGUGAACUUGGAAGAACAGCGCAAUAGUGCACAAAAUUAUCGCUCAGACUUAUUUGUAGAUGAAAUUAUACAUAAAGUAGAUUUGUCCGUUGACGAGCAAGGAACUGAAGCAGCUGCUGCCACUCUUACGUAUUUACAUCGUUCCGGUACAGAUGUAGUUUUUCGCGGAGAAACUCCUUUCCUUAUACUGAUACGGCACGAUCCUACCAAGGUAGUACUUUUCUACGGCAUCAUUAAUAAGCCAGAAUUAUAAACUUUUCCGACAAAUCCCGCGUUGAAAUGGAAAUGAAGUCUACGUUACGUUUACGUUAUAUGUUAAAUUAACAUUUAUUGUAAUAUGUUUUUUGUAAGUAAAUUUAGGCACUUGCGUCAUUUAUAAUUAUUAGUUUAAAAUAGCUUUUACU